AGCGGGAGGGGUUAUUGCUCCUUCUUCCUCCGGCUCUCCCCCUCUCCCGAAUCUCUCCCUUGAUUUCUAAGUUAGACUAUUGUCUCGCAGACUCACCGCCAUACUGAUUGGCUCCUGCCCUGAGAACCUUAACUGCAGCGUCGUAGUCAUGUAUUUCUGAGUCCUGGCGGUGCUCCUGCGCCACCACAAUAUAUUCUUGGAAAACAAAUCUGAGAGUGAUGAGGUAGGGUGGGCGCGGGGAGCUUGUGUCUCGUUGUGCAUACGAGAGCAGGCUUGUGCCCAAGACUAAGUAUUAGCAGGAGCGCAACAUCUGAGAGCCAAGAGGGUCUGCUGUCAUGGACCAACGCUUUGCGUUUUCUCCUGCCGACUUGGCCCGGGUUAAAACCGUGCAGUUCGGCAUCCUCAGCCCCGAUGAAAUCCGUCAAAUGGCAGUAUGCAAAAUAGAGAGCAGUGAGACAUAUGACAGGGGCAAGCCCAAGAUUGGGGGUCUUAGUGAUCCGCGGCUGGGUACGAUCGAUCGGCAUACCAAGUGUGAAACGUGUGCCGGGAGCAUGACGGAAUGUCCUGGUCAUUUUGGGUAUCUGGAGCUCGCGAAACCUAUGUUUCACAUUGGUUUUUUAAAAACCGUCCUUUCCAUCUUGCGCUGUGUUUGCUACAACUGUUCCCGAUGUCUUGCGGACGAGGAAGAUCAUCGUUUCAAGCAAGCAAAGAAAGUGCGUAAUCCGAAGCACAGGUUGAAGAAAGUGUUGGAUUGUUGUAAAAGCAAAACAAAGUGUGACACAGGCGAUGACAUUGAUGAGAAUGAUGUUAUGAAUGGAGAGGAAAACGAGAAGAAGAAAUCCCAUGGAGGUUGUGGUGCACAGCAGCCCAAGAUAUCUAUAGAUGGCAUGAAAAUUGUGGCUGAAUUUAAGCCUAGCCGGAAAAAGGGUGAAGAACCGGAGCAGCAUAUGCCCGAGCCUGUGGAGCGCAAACAGCAGCUUAGUGCAGAAAAGGUUUUAAGUAUUCUUAAGAGGAUAAGCGACGAAGAAUGUACUUUAUUGGGUCUUAAUCCAAAGUAUGCCCGACCGGAUUGGAUGAUUUUACAGGUACUCCCCAUUCCACCUCCUCCAGUCCGUCCCUCUGUCAUGAUGGACAGUUCGGCUCGCAGUGAGGACGACUUAACGCAUCAGUUGGCAAUGAUCAUUCGCCACAACAACAAUUUAAAGAGGCAGGAGCAAAAUGGUGCCCCUACUCAUAUCAUCAACGAGUUUGCGCAGCUUCUGCAAUUUCACAUAGCAACAUACUUCGACAAUGACCUUCCAGGACAGCCAAGGGCUACUCAAAGGUCUGGGCGACCUAUCAAAUCAAUUUGCCAACGCUUGAAGGCCAAAGAGGGUCGAAUCCGAGGAAAUUUGAUGGGAAAACGUGUGGAUUUUUCUGCACGUACUGUGAUCACGCCAGAUCCGAAUAUUAAUAUUGAUGAAUUAGGAGUGCCUUGGAGUAUUGCCCUCAAUUUAACUUAUCCGGAAACUGUGACUCCCUACAACAUGGAGAGGCUGAAGGAGCUUGUAGAGUACGGGCCUCAUCCACCCCCUGGCAAGACUGGUGCGAAAUACAUCAUUAGAGAAGAUGGUCAACGACUGGAUCUGCGGUUCUUGAAGAAAAGCAGCGAUCGACACUUGGAGCUUGGGUAUAAGGUGGAAAGGCAUAUGAAUGAUGGCGAUUUUGUGUUGUUCAACCGACAACCCAGUCUGCACAAGAUGUCCAUUAUGGGACACCGGAUUCGCAUAAUGCCAUAUUCCACUUUCCGGUUAAACUUGUCUGUAACAUCGCCAUACAAUGCUGAUUUUGAUGGAGAUGAAAUGAAUAUGCAUGUGCCUCAGUCCUUUGAGACUCGAGCGGAGGUUCUGGAACUUAUGAUGGUUCCAAAGUGUAUUGUAUCUCCUCAGUCAAAUCGUCCAGUCAUUGGCAUUGUGCAAGACACACUUUUGGGAUGUCGAAAAGUGACGAAGAGGGACACUUUUAUAGAGAAGGAUGUGUUCUAUAACAUACUUAUGUGGUGGGAGGAAUUUGAUGGGAAAAUACCCAUUCCGACCAUUUUAAAGCCGCGCCCUCUCUGGACAGGGAAACAAAUUUUUAGCUUGAUUAUUCCAAAACAAAUCAACCUGAUGCGUCAGGCAUUUUGGCAUCCUGAUGGGGAAUAUGGUGAUCUUUCACCCGGUGACACACAGGUGCGUAUUGAAAAGGGUGAGGUGGUGGCUGGCACGCUCUGUAAGAAGACUUUGGGUACGGGUCAAGGCAGUCUUAUUCAUGUCAUUUGGGAGGAGGUUGGGCCUGAUGCAGCUCGGAAAUUUCUGGGGCAUACUCAGUGGCUAGUAAAUUACUGGCUAUUGCAGCAAGGUUUCAGUAUUGGUAUUGGGGACACAAUUGCUGAUGCAGCAACUAUGGAGAAAAUUAAUGAAACCAUCACCAAAGCAAAACAUGACGUCAAGGAUCUUAUCAAGAAGGCUCAAGACAAGCAGCUUGAAGCGCAGCCAGGUCGGACUAUGAAAGAAUCUUUUGAGAACAGGGUCAACGGAAUAUUGAAUAAGGCCCGUGAUGACGCUGGAGCUAGUGCACAAAAGAGUCUUGCUGAGAGCAACAAUCUCAAGGCCAUGGUUACAGCUGGGUCGAAGGGUACAUUUAUCAAUAUUUCCCAAAUGACUGCCUGUGUGGGGCAGCAAAAUGUUGAGGGGAAGCGUAUUCCGUACGGUUUUGUGGACCGUACGCUACCACAUUUUACAAAGGACGACUAUGGGCCUGAGAGUCGUGGAUUUGUAGAAAAUUCAUAUUUGCGAGGCCUGACUCCACAGGAAUUCUUUUUCCAUGCUAUGGGAGGAAGAGAAGGUCUCAUUGAUACAGCUGUAAAAACUUCGGAGACCGGUUACAUCCAAAGGCGACUGGUGAAAGCUAUGGAGGAUGUCAUGGUGAAGUAUGAUGGGACAGUCCGUAAUUCUCUUGGAGAUGUGAUUCAAUUUCUCUAUGGAGAGGAUGGAAUGGACUCAGUAUGGAUUGAGUCCCAGAAAUUGGAUUCAUUAAAAAUGAAGAAGGCAGAGUUCAAUAGGGUGUACAGGUUUGAGAUUGAUAGAGACGAUUGGGCACCUGAUUACAUGUCUGCUGAAGCUGCUGAGGAUAUAAAGACUAUCCAAGAAAUCAGAAAUGUCUUUGACGCAGAAGUAUCCAAGCUUGAAGCUGAUCGCAGGCAAAUGGGGUUGGAGAUUGCUCCAACCGGGGAGUCAAAUUGGCCUCUUCCUGUCAAUCUGAAGCGACUAAUUUGGAAUGCGCAGAAAAUCUUCAAAGUGGAUCUUCGUAAGUCUUCAGAUAUGCAUCCUAUGGAGAUUGUGGAGGCAGUGGAAAAUCUUCAAGAAAGACUAAGAGUUGUACCAGGGAAUGACCAAAUAUCAAUGGAAGCGCAAAGAAAUGCAACUCUGUUUUUUGGCUGUCUUCUGCGCAGCACUUUAGCUAGCAAGAGGGUUCUCAAGGAUUACCGUCUGACAAGAGAGGCGUUCGAGUGGGUUAUAGGCGAGGUUGAGACUCGCUUCCUCAUGUCUCUUGUGGCUCCCGGAGAAAUGAUCGGUUGUGUUGCUGCUCAGUCGAUUGGCGAGCCAGCUACACAGAUGACACUAAACACGUUCCAUUUUGCUGGUGUGAGUGCGAAGAAUGUGACUCUGGGUGUCCCACGUUUGCGUGAGAUUAUCAAUGUCGCAAAGAAGAUUAAGACCCCGUCCUUAACAGUGUAUCUGAAACCUGGGGUGAACAAAGAAAAAGAAAGGGCCAAGAAUGUUCAGUGUGCCCUGGAGUAUACUACUCUUCGUUCUGUUACCCAGGCAACCGAGAUUUGGUACGAUCCAGAGCCAAUGAGCACAUUGAUCGAGGAGGACAUGGAGUUUGUGAAAUCGUACUACGAAAUGCCGGAUGAAGAUGUGGCUCCUGAAAAGAUUUCACCGUGGCUGCUACGUAUCGAGCUCAAUCGCGAGAUGAUGGUUGACAAGAAGCUUAGCAUGGCCGAUAUUGCAGAGAAAAUCAACCUUGAAUUUGAUGAUGAUUUGACCUGUAUUUUUAAUGAUGAUAAUGCUGAGAAACUCAUUCUUCGCAUUCGAAUCAUGAAUGAUGAGGCUCCCAAAGGAGAAAUGACUGAACAAUCAGAGGAUGAUGUCUUCCUGAAAAAGAUUGAAAGCAACAUGCUCACAGAGAUGGCACUGCGAGGAAUACCUGAUAUCCGGAAGGUAUUUAUCAAGGAAGACAAGAAGAAUCGGUUUGAUGAGAACUUGGCCUUUGUGGUGGAGCAGGAAUGGGUACUUGACACGGAGGGUGUUAACAUGCUUGCGGUGAUGUGUCACGAAGAUGUAGAUGCUUCUCGAACUACCAGUAACCACUUGAUUGAAGUUAUUGAGGUGCUGGGCAUUGAAGCAGUUCGAAAUUCUCUUCUGAAGGAGUUGCGUGAUGUCAUCUCUUUCGAUGGCUCAUACGUGAACUACAGGCAUCUUGCGAUCCUCUGUGAUGUCAUGACGUACCGUGGUCACUUGAUGGCAAUCACGCGUCAUGGUAUCAACAGGAACGAUACAGGGCCCAUGAUGCGGUGUUCCUUUGAAGAAACCGUGGAUAUCUUAUUAGACGCUGCGGUGUAUGCGGAGGCUGAUCAUCUGAAAGGAGUCACUGAAAAUAUAAUGCUUGGUCAACUGGCGCCUAUAGGGACUGGUGACUUUGGUCUACACCUGAAUGAGGACAUGCUUCAACACGCCAUUGAGUUGCAGUUGCCUAGUUUCGAAGCAACUGACUAUGGCAUGACUCCAUCACGAACCCCUAUGAUCGGAACGCCACACAAUGAUGGCAUGAUGUCACCCAGUUAUCUGCUUAGUCCAAGUCUGCGUGCUUCUCCACUAUCAGAUGCGCAGUUUUCGCCGUACGUCGGGAACAUGCCCUUCUCCCCGUCAUCUCCAGGAUACAGCCCUUCCUCUCCUGGAUACAGUCCCUUGUCACCAGGUUACAGCCCCACAUCACCUGGGUAUAGUCCUACAUCACCUGGUUACAGUCCUACUUCCCCAGGUUAUAGUCCUACCUCUCCUGGUUACAGUCCCACAUCACCUUCUUACAGCCCUACUUCUCCUGGAUAUAGCCCAACAUCACCAUCUUAUUCUCCAACUUCUCCAAGUUAUGCCCCCACCUCGCCUAGCUACAGCCCAACCUCACCAAGUUACAGUCCGACAUCACCAAGUUACAGUCCGACAUCACCAAGUUACAGUCCGACGUCACCAAGUUACAGCCCAACCUCUCCUAGCUAUAGCCCGACAUCUCCAGCAUACAGUCCUACUUCACCUUCCUAUGCUCCCACAUCUCCUGCGUACAGUCCAACUUCUCCAAGUUAUAGUCCCACAUCUCCUGGUUACUCACCUACAUCUCCAAGUUACAGCCCAUCGUCUCCGAGCUACAGUCCUACCUCGCCUAGUUACAGCCCCACAUCCCCUGCUUACUCUCCUACCAGUCCUCGUUAUUCUCCUUCCAGUCCCUCAUAUAGCCCAACUUCCCCCAGUUACAGUCCUACGUCACCAUCGUAUUCUCCAUCGUCACCCUCGUACAUGCCUACGAGUCCUGCGUAUACCCCAGGGUCACCUUCAUAUUCUCCAACAAGUCCUGCUUAUACUCCUGGAAGUCCUUCAUACAGUCCUACUUCUCCAAAUUACAGUCCCAGCGGAGGCUAUUCUCCAUCAGCUCCAGGAUAUUCCCCAUCAAAGAAUGAAUAUAUUCCAACUUAUAGCAAAGAUGACAGCAAUAGUGCAUGAGAGAAGCUGGUCAAUUGAGCCAAGCUUUCACAGCUAUUGUAUUCUGUCACUUUGAACAUUCUGCCAUUUCGAAGGUUGUCACUGCAGCAAAUUUGUUUGUUGACAAAUCCUACUGAGAAGUUAUAGAAGUUGAGGUUUAUCAUCGACGACUAAACCUCAGGUGGGUUCUUAACUUGCAGCAACUUAUGACUAUGUACUCAUGCUCUUGUAACAAUCUCUAGUAUAAGACCUUUAAGGGAGCUCAUUCCUCCCAUACUCACAAAGAGGCAAUGCAGACAUGCUGGCAUGCAAAAUGCCUUAGGAGGGACUCGCAUGUCACAUGGAUGCAUUUGUAAAUCAGUUUGACCCCAGUCCGCUGCUUGGUGCAAACGUCUGGCUACUGCGGCCCAUGUCAUUAGGAAGAAUUUUAGGACUAGGUGUACCUUGGCGAAUCUUGUGUGAAACAACAGUAUGGAGUUCAAGGCACCCAAAGGGUCUUGUAAAAAAUGAGAACAGGUGUCAAGGAAUAUUUGUGGUUUAGGAACACUGCCUCCAGUUAUUUGAGGACUUUUGAAUAAAUUCACUUGUUAUUGUA